AUGAUGACGCACUAUGCUGGGGCUUGUCUACAACCGAUUCGGCAUCGGCUCUUUAUGUUAUUGUUGUCGCACGUGCUGCUUGUCACAGCGAACUGGGCAGAUGACAAUCCCGAGACGACCCCUGAGAUUUGCGUCAUACGCGCCACGCUCUUCAUGACGCCACCAACGCCGCCACGCAGCUCCGAAGAUUUCGGUCUGCCUAUAGAUAUCAACUGUGAAAAUAGGAGCCUGGAGAAUUUGAGCGAAGCCGCCCGAGGCAUUGGACUGCAGAGAAUGGCGGGCAAGACGCAUGUACUGUUGGAUGGUAGCCAGACACCGCCACUGGGUGUGGCCAGCUAUGGACUGGAGUUCCUGGACAAUUGCCCGAGCUUGAAGAGCGUGCAGAUCGAGCGAUUUGUGGGCGACACCACCUUGGAGCUAAGCUGUGGGUUGGAACAGCUGCAGCAGCUGUUGGAAGUCAGUUUCCACAACAAUGAGCUGAGCACGCUGAGUGGUCUGACUUUCCGGAACGUGCCACACCUGCAAAAACUACAGCUGGCGGGCAAUUCCCUGCGCCAUGCAGAACCACUGUUAGAUUGUAAGGAGCUGUUGGACUUGAGCAUCAAGCAGGAAAAGGAGCUCUUGCUAUCCGACGGCAGUCUCUUUGGAAAUUUGCCACAACUGCAGCGUUUACAGCUCCAUAGUCUGAAACUAAUACGCCCCAAACUUUUUGAGGCCCUGCCUGCCAAUCUCAGUGAGCUCCGAGUGGAGGAAACCCCCAUUGUGGAACGUCAAGUGUUCAUUCAGAAUGUCAGCCAACUGGUCAAUGCAUCCAUUGUGCAUUGCCAACUGCUGAGCUUUACUGCUUCCGCUCCAGCUCUACGGGUUCUGAAUCUCAGCGGCAAUUCGUUGGAACACUUGGAACUGCUUGGAGCGCCCAAUUUGCUUUCACUAGACCUGAGUGAGAACACGCUGGAGACGUUAAAUAUUAGCUGGUUUGUGGCUUUAACUCAACUACAGCAUCUGUAUCUGCGAAAGAAUCAGCUAAAGACGUUAUCGCUCAGUCAGCUGCUGACGACUGCGCCGCACAUUCUCCAGAGACUUGAUCUGCGAGAUAAUCUGUUGCAGGCAUUGCAAGAAACCCAGGAGCUGAGCUUGGAAAGUUUCCCACAACUGCGCGUACAAAUCGAUGGCAAUGCCUGGAGCUGCCAAUGGCUCCUCAACUUUACGCAUGCGCAGCCACAAAUGUUUCGUAUAUUUCAGUAUGCCAAGUAUAUAUCACAGAUCAAUGUGAAUGGUCUCAGUUGUCAACCGCAACAGCCCGAACCUCCGGUGGAUUCAAUUAUGAGUGAUCCGCCACCAGCGACUGUGGAUCACAGCGAUCUGUCUUUGAAUGAGACGCGUCCGAAUGUUUCCACCUUUACCGUUUUAUUCGGCAGCCCCGUCGAGCACAAACGCAGUCAACGCUCCGGAGCUCUCAUCAUUGUCUUCAUGCUGCCCGUUGGAAUCGCGGCGCUCUUCCUGCUUCUCUAUCUGUAUUUGCAUUGUGAGCGUUUGUUCCAUCUCUCCUAUUAUAUGUCCAGCAUGCAUUGCUUCGGGAACAAAUCCGAAGCUCCCAAACGUUUUGUGGACCAUGUGGACGUAGUGCGUUAUCCGGCAAGCAACGAUAAUGGAGAUGUAGCGAAAGGCUUAAGCAGCGUUGAGGAUCAGCAACCCGAUGGCUAUGAGACCCCGCUGACGGGUGCCGGGUCCAUUUGCAAUUGUGCGCAUCGUCAGUCGAGUUGUUCCCGCAAACAUCACGUGACUUACGAGACUUUGCCAACAGAGUUGCCUUACCAAGUGUAUGCCGAGAUCAAGGAAGAUCCAGCCGAUCCUUCGGAAGAAAUUCAUUUACCAACAGCACCCAUUUACGAUCACUUGUCGUUCGAGGAAAAACCAUCACAAUUGGAUAUAUAAGCGAGUCAGCCAAAAUGUUUAGCGGCAAGAUUUACAAAACAAUCAUCAACAAAUAAAUCAUCUUUCAUAAAUAUGUAUGUAUAUGGAUUGUGCUUUUAAGCUGGAAUGUCCGUUGAACUAUUCCAAUAAUCGUGAUUUGUUUUUACGGAAGAUUGGCUACAUAAUGCUUAGAAGUUUCUAAGA